GCAAAUUAUAAUUGGAAUAACGGCGACGGAAUUAUGGGAAGCGAUUGUGUUAGUGUGGAAGCGAGUGAAGCGGGUUUCCCAUGAGAGAGAGUCAACCGACUGAAAGGGCUAUUAUUUUAUGAGCAGGAAUUUGUUUGUUUAUGAGUUGCAGGGAUGGCUUCAUCCUGCUCGUUAACCAAAUCGUUAUCUGUUCUUCACCCGACGCGAAGUCCUGUAGCUCCUGGUCUCCUACGCUUGCGGCCGGCUGCCUUUCGUGUCUCCUCCUGCAAGAAGCCCAUGGCCCCGGAAUCCGUCCGCUUGCCGGAAGGCUACGACCGGAAGAAGGAAGUGAAGGACUUCGACGACUCUAAGAUCGGCGUCAAGGGCCUCAUCGACGCCGGCGUCAAUGAGAUCCCUCCUUUCUUCGUCCACCCAACAGCCGAUCUCCCUCCGCCACCGCUAUCUUCCUCGCAGUCCGAUUUAGAACUUCCCGUCAUUGACCUUUCCGGAGCUUCCGACCUGGAGCGUAGGGCGGCCAUCGUCGCCCGGGUAGCGGAGGCGUCUCGGACGUGGGGUUUCUUCCAGGCGGUCAACCACGGGAUUCCGGAGGCCGUCCUCGAUGCCACGAUCGGUGCCGUGCGGCGGUUCAACGAGCUGCCGGUGGAGGAGAAGGCGCCGUACUACCAGCGGGUGCCUGGGAACGGCGUGUCCUUUGCGACGAACUUCGACCUCUUCGUGACGAAGGCGGCGAGCUGGCGCGACACGCUGCAGGUCCGGAUGGGACCGGUUCCGGUUGGGCCGGAAGAAAUACCGCCGGCGUGCAGGGAGGAGAUAGUGCGGUGGGGUGAGUGGUCGGACGGUCUGGCGAGGGAGCUCAUGGCGAUGCUGUGCGAAGGGAUGGGGGUGGGGCCCCGCAGGCUGGAGGAGAUAUCGUGUAUGGGCGGGAAGCAGCUGGUGGCGCACUACUACCCAUGGUGCCCGCAGCCGGAUCUGACGUGGGGGCUCACCGGCCACGCGGAUCCCGGCGUGCUCACCGUGCUGCUGCAGGACCAGGUGGGCGGUCUCCAGGUGAAGCACGGCGACCGCUGGGUGGACGCCAAGCCCAUUCCAGGCGCGGUCGUCAUCAACAUCGGCGACCUCCUCCAGAUGAUCUCCAAUGGUCUGUACAAGAGCGUCGAGCACCGGGUUGUCGCCAAUCGCUCUCGGGAGGCCCGUGUUGCAAUUGCCAUCUUCUACAAUCCAGGGGUGAGAGAUGAUAGCGCGUACUUCGGCCCACUACCGGAGCUUCUCUCGCCGGAAAGUCCUCCCCUGUACCGGCAGUUCACCAUGCAGGAAUACUUGACUCGGUUCUUCAACAAGGGAUUGGAUGGAAAGUCGUUGUUGGAUGUAUUCAAGAUAUGAACUUAGCUCCUUGAUUGUAAUAACGUGGUACAGAUUUUUUCUGACAAAAUAGAUUGCAGAUCUCUAAAGCACAGGACGUUGUGCUUAUGCUUGUA